AUGGCUUCUUCCCUGUCGGUUGGAAAAAUUGGCUUUGGCCUCAUGGGAAUGACGUGGCGUGCAGUGCAAACACCCGAUGAACAAGCAUUUGCAGCCAUGAAAACGGCUCUCGAAACUGGUUGUACCUUUUGGGAUUCGGGUGAAUUUUAUGGCACACCAGAGCCGACACUCAAUCUUGAUCUUCUCAAGAGAUACUUUGACAAAUAUCCACAAGAUGCUCCCAAGAUCUUCCUGAGUGUAAAAGGAGGUAUGAAUUUGCAAACAUUUUCACCCGAUGGAAGUGAAGAAGGAGUUCGAAAGAAUGUAGAAAAUAUCCUUCAACAUCUUGGUCCAACGAAAAAACUCGAUCUAUUUCAAUGUGGUCGAGUGGAUCAGAAAACGCCGAUUGAAACAACAAUAAAAGCUCUCGCUCAACUUGUGAAAGAGGGAAAAAUCUCCCACAUUGGCUUGUCCGAAUGUUCUGCCGAGACAAUUCGAAGAGCAUAUGCAGUUCAUCCUAUUACUGCUGUUGAAAUUGAAUAUUCACUCUGGAGCACGGAAGCGGAAACAAAUGGGGUACUGGAAACAUGCAAGGAAUUGGGCAUUUCAGUGAUUGCCUAUUCGCCUUUGGGACGAGGUUUCUUAACGGGAGAACUUAAAAAGGUACGUACUUUUUCCUCUUCUGCAGAGGACAGUGCAUAUAUCACAAAGACGUUUCUUUCUUCACAGCCUGAAGAUCUACCUGAGAACGACCUGCGUCGUCGCUUUGAUCGUUUUCAACCAGAAAAUUGGGGAAACAAUAUACAAUUGGUCGAUCAAUUGAGUGCCUUUGCAAAGAAACGUGGAUGUACACCGGCUCAAUUGGCUCUUGCUUGGGUUUUAGCACAAGGGGAUAAUAUCAUUCCUAUUCCGGGUGCAACGAGUAAAGAACGAGUGGCCGAAAAUGCAAAAGCAAAUGAAAUUCAGUUGAGCAAAGAAGAACUGGCAGGAAUAAGAGACAUUUUGAAUAAGGUGGAAGUAAAGGGUGGUCGAUAUAACAAACAGUUGGAUGCUAAAUUUACUCUUUGGGGAUGA